GUUCGGCCUUUCAAGGUCGGUUGAACGAAACGGCCGUCGUCUUUGAGUAAAAUAUACUUCUGCCGUGCCACGUAACCUAAGUGUUAACAAAGAUGCCGCGCUACCCGCCUGAUCGUUGGUUUGAUUAUACCUCAUUGGGCGUCCCGGUUAAAGGGACGCGUUUGCUUCCGAUAAAACUACCUAUACCAUCAGAAAAGUCCAGCAAUAUUCCUUUUCAUUUAAGAUUUACACUAGGUGACCUUAUUAACUGUGUUGAAUCAUACAACCAAAAAUUGACGUGUGUCAUAGAUUUGACUUAUGCAAACUAUUAUUCGCCAAAGUUCCUUCAUGAUAAUAAUAUAAGUUACCAUAAGAUAUAUGUGGAAGGACAUACAAUCCCAAAUUCGAAAACUGUUGAACAGCAAGUUCUUAUUAAAUUCAGAAUCGAGUUUUAUAGGUUCAUCAAUAUGGUUAACAAGGAACGUAAACAAUCUCCAGAUGGCAUAAUUGCUGUACACUGCACACAUGGCGUAAACCGAACGGGUUAUUUAAUAUGCAGAUAUCUUAUCGAUUUUAUGAAUAUAAAUCCUAAAGAUGCUCUUAGAGAAUUCGAAUGGGCACGUGGUCAUCCUGUCGAAAGAGAAAAUUAUGUUGAAGAUUUGUUGAAUUCUGUCAGUAAAUUAGAGGUCACAAACGUUGAAAACAAUAGAAGUGCGUGAAUAAAUGUACAUUAGUGUCAUUAUUUUAUUUAAUGCUUUGUAAGUAAUAUCCAAGCACUCAGAACCUUUAUGAUACUCCUAAAGCUACUACAUGUUUUGUUGUGAGAUAAGAUAUUAAAUAGCUAUUUUCUCUAUUCAUUGCCUUUCAUAAAUUACGAUGCAGAAAAACUUGGUAUUAUUGUAAAGGAAUAAAAUCAUUACUGUGGCUAAUAAAAUUACUUCGCGGAAAUGCGAAAUAAUAUUUUUGAUAAACAUUUUGUUUAAUCGUUGAGUGCCGAGGCUCCGAACAGUGUAGAUAGUUGCUACAAUAGAUGAUAAUUACAAGUACAUUGAAAUCGACAAAAAAUUAUUUUUAUUUAAUCUUUGCACUAGUAUCCUAAAGGAACAAAUGGCAUAUGAACCAAUCUUUGGUCACCGGCUACCGUGGGUCUGCAUCUCCUAACGUUGCUCCACUGCCUUGUGGAUUAGACCUUUAUAUCAAAUGCUAGAUGUGUGACCUAAGAUGUCUACACAGUGACCUAGAGGCUAUGAGUUACCUAUCCAACCCUUAGUUGGGUAGCUGAUAGGUCCCAUGCCAAGACGAAACAGCUGUUCAUUGCUUUCUUGUUUUCAC